AUGAGAUGGGACUUUCAGCUGGGAGCAAUGCUCAUCGCAGUUGAUGCUGCCAUGGUGGGUGCUACUAUGAAACUAUACUGUACGUACACUGCUAAAGAUAAGUUACAUCCUGAUCAUCGACUUUGGGCUCACGUUCGUUUAAUGGAGAGAGACUUGUUAUUCGACGAUGUGCUCCAAGAGAAGGAAAAAUUGAAUCGGAAUCGCUUACCAUAUAUGUAUUUCACAUUAUUCAGUAAUGAUGUUGGUGAUGGUUUCGGCGAUGAUACACUUGAAGUAUACCUUCAUAUCAAACAUAACUGUGUCCGUAAUGUAAGUAUUACUGUUGCUUGCUCUGUUACAACGAGUUGGGAAAGCACAUAGCA